UUGAGCAAUGGACGCUGACGCCACGGGGACGAUGGAGGUGGCGGCGCUCGGCCGGCCUUUCAGCCUCGGGAUGCUGUAUGACUGCCGCAAAGACUCACUCAUCCCUGGCAUGACAUUGUGGGACCUUAAUGAUCUGAAAAAUGAUAUACAAGAAAGACCACAGCACUGCAACGAUUUUCAGAUAGUUGCAUCUGAAUCAAUUGCAGAUAAAUCUUCAGCAUUAAAUGUAGAAGCAUCCCUGAAGGCAAGUUUCCUUGGUGGACUAGUAGAGGUUGGAGGAUCUGCCAAAUACCUGAAAGAUAGUAAAACAUCCAAACAUCAGGUCAGAGUAACACUGAAGUACCAUGCAACCACAAAGAUGAAGCAACUGUCAAUGAAUCAUCUUGGAAGAGACAAUGUGAAGCAUCCGGAUGUCUUUGAUAAAGCAAUAGCAACACAUGUAGUCACAGGUAUCCUUUAUGGGGCACAAGCCUUCUUUGUCUUUGACCGUGAGGUGUCUGAUGAAGAAAGUCAUCAAGACAUUCAGGGCAACAUGAAGGUGAUGAUUGAGAAAAUCCCCACCAUCACAGUAGGGGGGGAAGGUUCUGUCCAAAUGGAAACCAAGGACAUUGAAAAGGUGGAGAAGUUCUCCUGCAAAUUCCAUGGAGACUUUUUACUGAAGAAAACUCCAACAUCCUUUCAGGAUGCCAUACAAGUCUACCAAAGCCUACCACAAUUACUGGGAACCAAUGGAGAAAAUGCUGUACCAAUGAAGGUCUGGCUGAUGCCACUUGUGAGUUUAGAUCCAUCUGCUGCUAAACUCGUCCGUCAGAUAAGUAUAAGUUUAGUGCAGAAAUCCCAGAGUGUCCUGGAGGACUUCACUGAUCUGGAAAUGAGGUGCAAUGAUGCAAUGAGAACCACCACUGCACAGCAGUUCCCACAGAUUGGUAAAAAACUUAAAACAUUUGCAGAAUUUUGCUCCGGGUACAAACUGGAAUUCCAACAAAAUUUGGCAAAUAAACUUCCAUCAAUCAGGGGAGGAGGGGAAGAGGAGGCUGUGCUUGCAGAGAUUCUGAAGAAGAGACAUUCUUCUCCUUUCAACAACACAAGCCUGAACGAGUGGAUGGACUGUAAAGAGAAGGAAAUGCGCAGGUUAAAAAUUUUCACCAACAUGAUGAAAAACACCAAGAUUGUCCCAUCUGAAAACGUGCUUGAUGAAGAAAUUCUCUGUGCAGAACAUGCUGUGUGUUUUGUUUUCACCUCACUGGGAAGAGCUGAACCGUAUCUCUCAGCUUUAUCAAACUACUUGGAAGAAACAUCCAAACCAGACAAACCACAAUAUCCACAGACCGAUGAUGUAGAGAAGGAACAAUGGUACGCCUCAAAAGAAGUAUCUUAUGCAAUGAGGAACAAAGUAAAUCUAUUCAGUGAUUUUGCAGAGGCCAACAAGGAGAAGAAGAACAUAAAGUUCCUGACAGUAGGUUUAACAAAUGAGACACAGAGAGGUUCAAGCAUCUACGUUUAUGAAAACGGUUUUUCUGUCAGUGAGAACUUUGAGCCGCCUUCAAAGCCUGAAACAGUGACAGCAGGUGAUGUAACCCACAACAGCGUUACACUGAAGAUUUGUCCACCAAGAUUUGGAUCAGAGAACAUCAGCUCCUACUCUGUAGAGUACUGUGUCAGUGGAGAGGAUGGAUGGCAACAAAAACCAGCAUCAAAGGCUGAAGAAGUGACAGUGAGCGGUCUGACUCCUAACACAGAGUACAUGUUCAGAUGCAGAGCAGUGACCUCAGUAGGUGUUGGGCCAGCCAAUGAAGUCAGCGGUCUCAUUAAAACUUUACCUUGCAGCCCUCCUGGAAAACCUCAAGUUGAAACAAACUCAGUCUACAACAAUAAUGAGCUGGUCAGGAUUGUGAUGGUGGGGAAGACUGGAGUUGGCAAAAGUGCCACAGGAAACACCAUUCUGGAACGAAAGUGUUUUAAAUCAGAAUUCAGCUUCAAAUCUUCGACUAAAGUCUGUCAAAAGGCUGUUGGUGAGGUUGAUGGACAAAAGGUUGCUAUUAUCGACACUCCAGGCCUGUUUGACACCAAGGACACUGAAGAGAAAACAAUAAAAGAUAUUGUCCGGUGCAUUUCCCUUGCUUCUCCUGGACCUCAUAUCUUCCUGGUUGUCAUCAGACUGGGCAGAUUCACAGAGGAAGAAAGGAAGACGGUGCAGAAGAUUCAGGAAAUCUUUGGUGAGGAAGCUGACAAAUACAGCAUGGUUCUCUUUACCCAUGGUGACCAGCUCGAAGGGAAACCUGUUGAGGAGUUGUUGAAGGACGACAAAGACCUGCAGGACUUUGUGUCCAGAUGUAACGGCCAGUACCACGUGUUCAAUAAUAAACUGGAGGAUCGUUCUCAGGUCAGUGAGCUGCUCAAGAAGAUAAGAAUUAUAAAUGUGCAGAAUAGAGGAAGCUACUACACCACUGAAAUGUUCCAAAAGGCAGAGAAAGCGAUAGAAGAGGAGAAACAACGAAUCCUGGAAGAGAAAAAAGAGCAAAUACGCAAAGAGCAGGAGAAACUGAGGAAGGAAAUAGAGAAAAAAUAUGAAAAACAGCUGAGAGAAGUGAAGGGUGACAUGAAGAGGGAGGCUAAAUUAAAGGAAGAAUGUGAAAAACAAAGCAAACGCGAAAUGAAAAUACUGAAGGAAAUGCAAGAACUUCAGGCCAGAAAGGAAGCUGAGAACAGCGGUUGGGUCACCAGAAUGGUUGCUUCAUUUCACCUCUCUGUUAUGCAUAUGAAAUACCCUCGACUCCCAAAGUGGAUGAAAGAGUUCAAAGAGCAAGAGGAACUAAAGAAGGAAUAAGAGGAAAAGCUUUAUGCAGAC